CAGAUGGCUCAAAGGUGCUUCCAAAAUGAAUAUUUUGACAAUUUGCUGUUUGCUUGCAAACCCUGUCACCUUCGGUGUUCCAACACACUACCUUUGGUGUGUCAGAGUUAUUGUUAUGCAAGUAGAACCAGUAUUCUUAAAAUCACAGAUGUGAGUCUUUGCAUCUGCUUAGGUGUGGGAAUAAUUUCAUCUUUGACAAUUUUCUUGCUAAUACUUCUCCUGAAGAAGAAGAAUCCCAAGAGAUCAAAAGAUGAAUUGGAAAAUACAGAGCCAAAAACUGAAGUACAGGAGAUUACUAAAUUUGAUCUUGAUAGAAGUAAAAAUGAUGAAGCUAGAAUCCUUCCUAGAAAUAGUACAACUAUGCCAUACAUAGUAGAAGAAUAAGAUUGUAAUCUAGGCAAAGGAGAUAUCACCUCAGAUACAUAUUCCCCACUCUCAGCCAUGGAAGAAGGAGCAACUGUCCCUGCCACUACAAAAACAAAUGACUUUUGCAAGAGUUCACCAAGUCCCAUGAAUGAUACUUUCAUGGGGAUAUGGAAAUCUAUUUUCACAACAUAAUGAUCCAGUUUGAAUGGAAGUGUCACUUGCAAAGCUUAUGCCAGUGAACAGAGUGAUACAUCUCAUCCCUUUAUUACAGUUGCAAUCAAUCUGUCAUCAAUAUAACUCUAAUGUUUUUUCAUUUUAAAAUCUCUUUCUUGAUUUAUUUCUCUACUUUUUUUGGUUGGGAGCCAAUUACAAAAAGCUUGAUGUCAUUAUUGUAUUUGUAUUCACUAAGAAAAAGGAAUAACAUGUCAGUUUUAAAGUUGUUUUCAUAUUUGUGUGUUUACUCACUAUUUACUUACAUAGACAAAUAAACUAAACAUCUCAGGA